GCCAGCGACGGGUCUGGGCGGCCGGCCGGGCCGGCUGACAGCCGGAGCCGGGCGGGCGGAGCGGAGUCCGCGCCCGCAGCCGGGGGGCGGCGGCGGCGUUCCGGCUCGUGCGGCCGCCGGCUACCUGGGCUGCGGUCCAGCCAGCGCUCAGCGGAGCUCCAGACUUCAGCACCCCGAGCGGCGGGCGCGGAGGCGCGCGGGAGGGGAGGCGCGCGGGGGAGGGGAGGCGGUCCGCGCGCGGGGGCCGCGGGGGGCUCGGGCCGGGGGCUCCAGGCACGCUGAGCCCCGCCCCGUCCCUCCUCCCCUUCUUCAGGACCCGAGGAGCCGGGGGCAUGGACCAAACCGCGCUGGUCUGGCACCAUGACGCCCGUACGCUUGGUGGUGGCUCUGAUUUUAGGGGCGCUCCCUGAAGUGGUCAGCUCCGGUCCGGUCCUCGGUUACCCCCUCCACUUCCGCCAUCGCCACCCGCCCCCUGCGGUUCCCCACUUUCCCCACCACCUUCGCCCCCUGCAGCGGCCGCCGAGGCCCCCCGCGUCCCUGCUUGCGCGCGCCCCGCGGCCUCGGCCGGCGGCUGGUGCGCUGCACCCGCUCCCCCCGCACGCGGUGCGCGCGUCCCGGCCGCACCCUGGGGACUGCCCUGCGGGCGGGCCCUGGGUCAACGAGACGGACUUCGGCGCCCCGUGUCUGCGCUGGGCGGAGGUGCCAUCCCUGCUGGAGCGGUCGCCCCCAGAGGGCUGGGCUCCCCUGCGAGGGCAGCGCCACAACUUCUGCCGGAGCCCCGAAGGCGCGGGCCAGCCCUGGUGCUUCUACCCGACCGCCCGGGGCCGCGCGGACUGGGGCUACUGUGACUGCGGACACGGCCCAGCGUCCCCAGCCCUGCGCCUGGCCGGCGGCGGCAGCGAGCACGAGGGACGCGUGGAGCUGUUCCACGCGGGCCAGUGGGGCACCGUGUGCGACGACCAGUGGGACGACGCGGACGCGGAAGUGGUCUGCAGGCAGCUGGGCCUCAGCGGAGUGGCCAGAGCCUGGACGCAGGCGCACUUCGGGGCGGGCGCUGGGCCGGUGCUGCUGGACGAGGUGCGCUGCACGGGCAACGAGCUGUCGGUGGAGCAGUGCCCCAGGAGCCCCUGGGGGGAGCACGACUGCGGCCACGGCGAGGACGCGGGGGUGUCCUGCACCCCGCUGACCGAGGGGGCCCUGCGCCUGGCCGGGGGGAAGGACAGCCGCGAGGGCCGCCUGGAGGUGUACCACGGGGGACGGUGGGGCACCGUCUGCGACGACGGCUGGACGGCCCAGAGCACCGACGUGGCCUGCCGGCAGCUGGGCUCCAAGCACGGCCGGCGGGCCUCGGCGGACGCCUUCGGAGGGAGCCCGGGGCCUAUCUGGCUGGACAACGUCCGCUGCUCCGGGCGGGAGCCCAGCCUGCUGCAGUGCCCGCGGGCGCCCUGGGGCCAGCACGACUGCAGCCACCACGAGGACGUGGCCCUCACCUGCGCGCCCAGCAGUGACGGACACCGGCCGCUGCCCCUGGGUUUCCCCAUCAGGCUGCGGGACGGGGAGACCGAGAAGGAAGGGCGCGUGGAGGUCCUCCUCGGCGGCCGGUGGGGCACCGUGUGCGACGACGGGUGGACGGACGAGGACGCGGCCGUGGCCUGCCGGCAGCUGGGCUACAGGGGCGCCGCCAGAGCGCGGGGCAUGGCGUACUUCGGCGAGGGCGGAGGGCCCAUCCACCUGGACAACGUGGGGUGCACGGGUGCCGAGGGGUCCCUGGCCGACUGCGUCCAGCAGGACGUCGGGCGACACAACUGCCGCCACAGCGAGGACGCGGGCGUGAUCUGCGAUUACCACGACGGGAGGGCCCCAGGGAGCGGCGACCACGCGCCCCUGCCCCUGCCGCCGUCCGUCUGCGGGCUCCGGCCGCCGCGCCGCCGGCAGAAGCGGAUCGUCGGUGGGAAAAGCUCCCUAAGGGGCGGCUGGCCGUGGCAGGCGUCGCUGCGGCUCCGGUCCCCGCGGGGAGACGGCCGGCUGCUGUGCGGGGCCACGCUCCUGAGCAGCUGCUGGGUGCUGACAGCCGCGCACUGCUUCAAGAGGUACGGGAGCAGCACGCGGAGCUACGCCGUGCGGCUGGGGGACCACCACACGCUGGUGCCCGAGGAGUCCGAGGAGGAGGUGGUGGCGCAGCAGAUCGUCCUGCACCCGGCCUACCGGCCCGACAGCAGCGACUACGACAUCGCACUGGUCCGGCUCCGGGGCCCGCGGGGCCGGUGCGCCCGGCUGGGCAGCCACGUCCUGCCGGCCUGCCUCCCGCUCUGGAGGGAGCGGCCCCAGCGGACGGCGCCCCGCUGCUACAUCACGGGCUGGGGAGACACAGGGCGGGCCUACUCCAGAACUCUGCAGCAAGCGGCCAUCCCCCUGCUGCCCAAGAGGGUCUGCGAGGAGCGCUACCAGGGCCGGUUCACGGGGCGCAUGCUCUGCGCCGGGAACCUCCAGGGACACAGACGCGUGGACAGCUGCCAGGGCGACAGCGGAGGGCCCCUGGUGUGCGAGCGGCCGGGGGCCGGCUGGGUGGUGUUCGGGGUGACCUCCUGGGGGUACGGCUGCCGCGCCCAGGAUUCGCCGGGCGUGUACACCAAAGUGUCGGCCUUUGUACCUUGGAUAAAAAGUGUCACCAAACUGUGACCCACGGGAACCUCAAGGGGAAACAGUAUUUAAAGAACCUGUUGGAAAUUUUCGACCUCCACCUGGGUACUCAGCCAGAGCAGCCAGCAGAAGGGGACCGAGGUCCCCUUGUGGCUGGGGUGGAAGACUGUGCCGCUCCCAUGCCCGCGACAAUGUGCCCCGUGGGCGGUGGUUAGAGACCUCAGUGCAGGCUGGCGGUCCCUCAUGAGCCUCGUCACCGCCCCAGAUGAGUUUCCGCAGACACCAAACUUACUCUCAUUGGAGCCUUCUCUCUGUCUGCCGGUUCCUCAGAAUUCUCGGGAGAUUAUUGUGUGUAUCGAUCGUGCAAUACGGCUCUUUUUACCUUUAUGGGGGAACUUCUUGAAACUGAGUCACUGAUAUGUGGAUUCCUAUUACGUGCCCACAUUUGACGUGACCCUCAGGCAUCUGAUCUCUGUAGACAGUCACGUGAGCACACCCAGGGCCAGGAGGUGCAGGGAUUCUGCUCCGUUCCCAGACUGGGACAGGGUCGUCGUCACGGUGCACUCCCGACCGGUGCUUUGUCCUGAGCACCGUGGCCACCGUGAGGACAGUGUUCUGGCUACCUUGUGUGUUCUCAGCGAGGUGUGGAGGAAUUCCUGGUGACGCAAUCAAGAAUGUCUCCCAGUUGUUGGACACACCAUCUAAUUUAUCCGUUCUGUUAGUUAACACCCCUACUCCGGUUCCUUUUAACCAUUCCAGACUGAUAACUGGGUAAAAUAAAUGUUUAUUCCACAGCAUUAUGCUGUUUUCUGCAAUACCUGAGUGCUAUCUGUUGAGCAACUUUAUGGCGAUUGACUCAAACCUGUGGGGUUCCUAAGGCUAGGCUGGUGGUCCCGUGUAAUGCACUGAAAAGGUUUUCCAGCCGACACAGUGGGGGAAGACUCAGGCAGGGGUGUCUAGCCCGUGGCUCUGUGGGCUGCGUACAGCCCAGGAUGGCUAUGAAUGCAGCUCAACACAAAGUCAUCAAUUUACUUAAAAUCUUUUUUGCUCAACUUCUUAGUGUUUGUGUAUUUAACGUGUGGCCCAGAGAUGCCAAAAGGUUGGACACCCAGCUUCCAUCUGGGGUCACUCGCCCACUGGUUCUGGGCUGGGGCACCUCACUGCACUGUUUACGGAAAGCUACCGGGUUUCCCAGUACCCCUAGUUUCUGAAUGAGAACUCGGGCCGAGAGGGGUCAGGGUGAGCGAGCUGGUGAAAGGCUGUGACUACAAACUCCCAAGGUGGGUCCCAAUACCGGUGUCCCCCCAGCCCCAGCCCUCCCCCUCUGGCGCUCUCAGGACACAGGGAGGGACAGCUGCUCACUCCGGACCUUGGCAGGACUUUCUUGCUGGCAGUGCCGUCCUUGCCCCCAUCUCAAGGGCAUGCCCCCCAGGAUGCUGGAGUAAUCCCAAUCCCCCAAAUCUGAGGCAGUUUGCAGUUCUACAGCCGAGGAAGAGAGGCAUAAAAGGUGAAAUGGUCCUAAUGAGAAUUUCAGGAUUAAGAACCGUUAAUUCCCUUCCCCAUCGGAUUGUCCUCUUUGGUAAACCCUCAGCUCUGUAAAGGAACUGGUGCUACCCCAAUGGUGCUUCGCUCUCCAGUUGUGAAGCUGGAAAUAGCAACUCUAACACUGCACCUGUCCUAAAGCCCAGUUUUGAAAAGGGAACCUUCCCAAGGGUCUCCAUUCAGAGACGACAGCUGCAGACCAUGUGUCCGCAUAAGGACUUGGGAAGAACAGGCCCUGACCGGUGAGAACUUCCUCCCAGGCUGCCCUUAGGACUCAAGCACAGCGCUGGUGCAAGCGACAGACACCUCGAAACUGUUAACACGUGGCAUCCAGGUCCUCCAGCUUUGAAGACAAACUGUGGAUUCCUAAAAUAUGCCUUUAUUCUAGCUAAUUUGAUAAACAUGUGACUUUUGUAGGAUACCAGCUUUCAGUACCCAUUUGUGUAAAUAAAGUGCAUAGCU